CCGCGUCACCCACUGAGCAAAACCAAGCAGUGCGCAUGCGCGGAGCGUUCGAUCACUGCCCGCUGUAGCUAAAGGCUAAGCUGAAGCCAACAUGGAGAGGAAAGUUCUGGCACUGCAGGCGAGGAAGAAGAGGGCGAAAGCGAAGAAGACCAGCAAAAAGCAGCAGCCAGCCAAUCCCAGAAGCCGACAGCCGCCCCAGCUCGAAGCUUCGCCUCAAGAGCCCGAGGAACCUGAGGAGAUUCUUGGCUCUGAUGAUGAGGAGCAGGAGGAUCCUAAUGACUACUGCAAAGGUGGCUACCACCAUGUGAAAGUAGGAGACCUUUACAACGGAAAAUACCAUGUUAUCCGAAAACUGGGCUGGGGACACUUCUCUACUGUUUGGCUCGCCCGGGACAUCCAGGCGAAGAGGUUUGUUGCAAUGAAGGUGGUGAAGAGUGCAGAGCACUACACGGAGACGGCAGUGGAUGAGAUCAAACUCCUCAGAUCUGUAAGAAACUCUGACCCCAAUGACCCCAACCGUGAGAUGGUGGUGCAGCUGCUCGAUGACUUUAAGAUCUCUGGUGUCAAUGGGACUCAUGUCUGCAUGGUGUUUGAGGUGUUGGGGCAUCACUUACUAAAGUGGAUAAUAAAGUCCAAUUAUCAAGGGUUGCCACUGCCAUGUGUGAAGAGCAUCAUAAGACAGGUACUCCAAGGUCUGGACUAUCUGCACACAAAGUGUCAGAUCAUCCACACAGACAUCAAGCCAGAGAACAUCCUGAUGAGUGUUGAUGAGCCUUACGUCCGGAAACUGGCAGCCGAAGCUACAGAGUGGCAGAGGACUGGGGCGCCACCUCCCUCUGGUUCAGCAAUCAGCACAGCACCUGCUCCAAAACAGACAGUAAAAAUGUCCAAGAACAAGAAGAAGAAGUUAAAAAAGAAGCAGAGGCGUCAAGCCGAACUUUUGGAGAAGUGCAUUAUGGACCUGGAGGAAAUGGAUAAGACCACAGAGACAAGAGAGGAGGAAGAUGAUGAAGAUGAGGAUCCACAGUCUCCAAAGGGGCGAGUGUGUGCUCCUCUCAGACAGGUGUCUUUUCAGCAACUGGGAAAUGAGGAAACGGGUGAGAGCAGUGUACCAGCAGAUCUCAUGGGGGCGGGACCAGAGGGGCUGCCGGAGGUGAACAGUAACGGCCAUGUGGAGGUGGAGCAGAGACAAUCCCAGUGGAGGGACGAGGACCAACACAAUGGCAACGCAGAGGCCACAGAGAAAUGUGCCAGUGAGGAGGAGCAACACGAGGAGUCCCCUGCCCACCACGCCUCCAACGGUGUGGACUCGGCUGAUCUCAAUGAUCUGGACAUUCAGACUGAAGGCAGGGGCGCUCACAGCAGUGGAGCUCCUGAAAUACUCCUUCCUGCUGGGCUGGAGGAGGGAGAACUGGAUCAAACCGUUUUGGAGGACGAGGGAGAGGACUGUCAGUAUAGAACCCAAGAAAGCCCAAUAAACGACAAGCUCACAGCAGGAGCCCUGCUAGUUAACCCCCUUGAGCCACUCAAUGCAGACAAGAUCAAGGUCAAGAUUGCAGACUUGGGAAAUGCCUGCUGGGUGCACAAGCACUUUACAGAAGACAUACAGACACGGCAGUACCGCUCCUUAGAGGUGCUCAUUGGUUCUGGAUACAGCACACCAGCCGAUGUAUGGAGCACAGCCUGCAUGGCCUUUGAGCUCACCACAGGGGACUAUUUGUUUGAACCACAUUCUGGGGAAGAUUAUUCCAGGGAUGAAGACCAUCUCGCUCUCAUGAUAGAGUUGCUCGGUAAAAUCCCUCGUCACUAUGCUCUGAGUGGGAAAUACUCACAGGAAUACUUCACCAAGAGAGGUGACCUGAAACACAUCACCAAGCUGAAGCCGUGGGGGCUGCUGGAGGUGCUGGUGGACAAGUACGAGUGGCCCCGCGAGGAAGCCGAGUGCUUCGCUGAUUUCCUGCUCCCCAUGCUGGAGCUGAUCCCCGAGAAGAGGGCCACCGCUGCAGAGUGCUUGCGCCACCCCUGGCUCGCCCUCUAGUGGACACCUCCAGCCCUUGCACCUCCCCUUCCCUCUCCCUCCUCUCUCCAGAGACUGCAACAGAUCACUUUCAAGUUUGGGCAUAUCAGAUGAAUAUUUAUUUCUUUUUUGUUUUGUUUUUGUCGUUUUGGAUUUCUCAUGUUUUUGUUAUUAAGAUAAUGCUUCUGUGUAUGUUUGCUUUGUAUUUGUUGGUUCUUCUCUCGGUGUGAUGACGUCAGGAAAAAGAGAGUGGAUUAUAUUUCUUUGUGGUUACGUUGGCUCCAACUGCUGUGCUUUGUCCACCCAUCCGGCUUAGCGAACCCGUUAUUGUACUGCUAGUGACUCAUCCUUGUUUGUUACACUCCUGCACUAAAACUUCAACAAACCAAGGGUAUGUAGCUUCAUUGAUCAUUUCGUCCCCGUAAAAAAGGCUUCACCGUCGCCCUUUUCCUCUGUUUCAUUAGUGCUGUGUUCCUUUUUUUUAUGGAUUACUUUAUCUCAUAUUACAUUCUAAGGUAUACAUUUUGUAUUUGUAAAAUAGGUUUAGGAAGUUUCACACUGGGCUUACAUUCACACUGACUGCGGUAACGACUACUUUCUUACCGAGACAUCCACUGUCUGAAGUAGGUCAUAUUAUUUAGCCACAACAAAUCACCUGGUAUUUAGUGUGGUUAGUUACCUGUUGGAAAUGAGAUCAGUCUUUCUCAUGGGAGGCUGGUAUUCUCAUACACUUAGUACAAUUCAGGAAAAUAGUGUUUGAAAGGUUUCAGAAAAUACAGCGUUUUAAGAAGCCCAAUUCAAUGGAAAAAGAUAAGUGAAAAUAAACUGUAUAUAUCUGUACCAAAGAGUUUGCCUUUAUGUAUAUUACAGUUAUGUACAGUUUCUAACAAAUCGUAUAUCUUAGCUAAACUGAUUUAGCUGGGUAGCUGUGUUUUAUUAAGAAACGUAUGGAAGAUGUGUUUGAGCUCAGUUGUAUGUGUGGCCAACCGUUCACUAACAUCUGUUUUUACCAUAGACAUGAGGAGAUCAAAUGUUACGCCACAAAAACUAUCAUAUCAGAGUGACUUACCUUUCUGUCGAGGCCUCGGUGAAAUGAAAUUUACUGUUUCAGUGUCAGAUUCAAGAGCAUCGACUUUGUGUGAGCUGUCGAUUUACAAAUCCGUACAACACAACAUACAAUAAAACAGAUUCAUACAAUACACAA